CCGAUCCGUUAACCGCAGCGGCCGCUGUACUACCGGAGCUUAUCGAGGAGUGGGGGGGAUUGUCGUCGGUAACCGGACACCUCCUCUGUCUUGUGGGGCGUAGUGACACGGGGGCGACGCAGUUUCUAGGCGGCGAGCCCGCAGUUCCGUGCGGAGAUGCUGAAUAUGUGGAAAGUCAGAGAGCUGGUGGACAAAGCCACUAACGUGGUAAUGAACUACUCAGAGAUCGAGUCCAAGGUGAGAGAGGCCACCAAUGAUGACCCCUGGGGCCCCUCCGGACAACUGAUGGGAGAAAUAGCCAAAUCUACCUUUAUGUAUGAGCAGUUCCCAGAGGUGAUGAACAUGCUGUGGACCAGGAUGCUGAAGGACAACAAGAAAAACUGGAGACGAGUGUACAAGGCUUUACUACUGUUGGCCUAUCUUAUCAGGAAUGGAUCUGAAAGAGUCGUCACUAGCGCCAGAGAACACAUCUACGACCUGCGAUCUUUAGAAAACUACAACUUGAUUGAUGAGAACGGUAAGGAUCAGGGCAUCAAUGUGCGUCAGAAGGUGAAGGAGAUGGUUGAGUUCAUCCAGGACGACGACAGACUGAGAGAGGAGAGGAAGAAGGCCAAGAAGAACAAAGACAAAUACAUUGGAGUCUCCUGUGACAGUAUGGGAGGAGAAGGAGUAGUAGUCGGAAGAGGAGGAGGAGGAGGAGGAGGAAGCCUUAAGAACUCUAACGAGCUGGAUCGCAGUAAGUGGGAUGAGGACUGGGAUAAGAGCAAAGGAGCGUUCCCCUUUAGCGAGAAGCUCGGAGAGAUCAGUGACAAGAUAGGCAGCACCAUAGACGACACAAUCAACAAGUUCAGAAAGAAGGAGCGAGACGACUCACCCGACAGAAUCAGUGACAACGAGGAGGACCGAGCAUCGAGAAACGGUAGGCAGGAAACCCUUGAGUUCAAAGAUGAGGAGGAAACUGUCACAACAAAGAGCAUCCAGAUCACACAAGCAACAGAAACCACAACCACCACCACGCGGAAACGCAGCGGAGCAACAAGCAGCAAGACUCUGGACCUGGGAGCUGCGGCCCACUACACUGGAGACAAGAGCCCAGAGGAGAAGUCAUCUGUCAGGCAGUCUUCCGGCAGCGGCCUAGCUGACCUGCUAGUGAUUGACCCUUUAUCUAAUCAGAGCACUGCAACAGGAGGCAGUUCAGACCUCAUUGGUGGCUUUGCUGACUUCUCCUCUCCUGCAGCUUCUGCCAGCCUUCCGACCUCCACUGCUGCUGCACCAUCCAAUGGAAAUGGAGAAUUUGGAGACUGGAGUACUUUCUCGGCCAAUCAACCAGCUUCGUCUAACUCCGGUCCCUCACAGCCCGUCACUGAUCUGUUUGGCAACGUCCAGUCAGCCGCAGCCCAAGGCUCCAACCCCACCGCCGGCCCACCUUCUGCCGAGCUCUUUGACCUGAUGGGUGGAGUGAACCGUCAACUAACCAAUCCUCAUACAACACUGAGUGCCUCUCAGAGCAUGACUUUCUCUCUGGGAGGUGCGACGCCAGGAGCAUCUGUUGGAAUGCCAUCCAUGCCUCUUUCUCGCUCUCAACAGAGCUUGGGAGGCAUGACAUCUCAGCAGCCCAUAGAACAACAUAAGGUUGGUGUUGGGGGUCCAGGAUCGUUAGGGUCGACCUGGUCAGACCCCUCCGUCAACAUCAGCUUGGACUUCCUAUCGGCAGGCCUCAACCCCACCAAGACACCGCCCACACUCAACAAUAUCAUCCAGCAACAAGGAGUACCUCCCGUCAACCUGUUGGCCCAGAACUUCGGAGGACUGAACCUCAGCUCCCCGCCUCACGUGACACCCAUUAGACCAACAUCCAAUCCCAUGAUGGCAGCCAAUGCCAUGACGAUGGGCAUGCCUGCUUCCUUGGCAUCGAGUAUGCCCCCUUCAAUGGCCACAGGGACCAUGGGGAUGGGGGGAAUUCCUGUAAACCAAGGCAUGAUGGGAAUGAACAUGAGCAUGAAUAUGGGCAUGGCCGCUCCAGUGAUGAUGGGUGGUAUGGCGGGCAUGGGAGGGCCAGGAGUCGCACACUCCAUCACCCAAGCCAUGGUUCCACCAAAACAGGAUGCCUUCGCUAACUUUGGCAGUUUUGGGAAAUGAAGGAGUGAAAAUGUGUGUGAGUGUGUUUGUGUGUGUGUGUGUGUGUGAGUGUGCAUGUCUGACAUUAUGAGACUGUGAACCACAGAAGGACUGCUGUACUUGAAGACAACAUUGCAUGUUUCUCUCUCUGCUUCUGCUGUCUUUGGCGUGCUGGCACCAGUGAUCGGUCACCAGUCCGUUGACAUGAUCAUGGAGGUAGGGCAAAGCGCCCACUGGUGCCCGUCACCCAUUUGAUGUGUGAAAUGAUGUCACACAGAGGACACCUGAAGAGCAGGGAAGGUGUUAAUCCACAGCCUCUAGUCAUUAUUUUCCUGUGGGGAAAAGGUUCCUCAUCUUAACCUGUUUUAUAUAAAUGAACUACAGUAUAUCUCCCUUCACAAAAAUCACUGCAACAAGUUUUUCUCUGUAACCGCACAGAGAAUCCAAUCAGUACGGUUAACCUAAAUGAAAAUGGCAUUGCUGCCUUAAUUCUGCAUUGUAGCCUGUGAUAUGUUUAUCAUUUCAACCAAAUUCAAUUGCAAAAUUUAAGCCUUUACCUUAUUGCCAGAGGGUGACUCUAUUACACUCUCUUGCUCCUUUUGCUUACAAUAUAACGGUUACAAAAUCUGGAGUAUACUGAAUCCAUACUCUGGUCCUCCAGCAGAGGGCAGAAUGGGUGUAUAUGUUGAGAUAACACUGUAUGCUUAUUCUUGCGCUGUAUUAGGGUGGAAGAAUAGCAUAUUACAUCCAUCUCCCCUCUUCUCUUUUUUAUCAGGCUUGUAGCAGUUCACAAUAACUCAAUGUACAGUAGGACACCUUCGGUUUUAUUGAUGUUUUAUUGAUGAGUGAAGUCAUGAACUGCUUAGAACAAAAGUCCCUAAAAUGUUGGGAUCUUUAUAUUACAAUAAUCGGUUACUGUUAAAAGUCAUACUUUCAAAGGGUCAAUCAGUAUUUUAUUUAGAGUACUAUUUACUGAUAGUUUCUAUUGAUUUCCCCCCCCCUGACGUUGUGUCACUGCAGACAUGAUGUUGUAGGACCUGUGACUUUAUGUCAACAUUGCUUUCUGACCCACAUAGAUCUUUCUGUUUAUUAGGGCUGCACGAUAUGAGGAAAGUAUCCGAUAUGUGAUAACGUUGUUGAAUAUCGCGAUAAUAAUAAAAGUAGCAAUAAAUAAACAGAUGUGUCCUCAGUUCUGCCUUUCUGCUGCUUUCAGUAUACUGCUAAAAUACAACAAAUUGCUUGCUCUUUUAUUGAACAAAUUGAAAAGGCAUCAAUAAAAGAUUAGAAAUGGCGAUAAUGAAAAACUAAAUAUUGUGCAGCCCUACAGUUUAUUUUAAGUUUUCAUACAGACUGUUUAGGGAUAGCGGUACAUAAUAAUGUUUUUUAAAGAGUAUUUGCCAACUGGCUACGGUAAAAGAGGGUAAACGAUGGUCAUUUUCUACAACAAUGAACCUCACAAUCCUCUUCAUUUCUUGCAUGUUUAAGGCAGUGGCUCACCUCAGAAUUUUUGGGUCAACCCAGCAAUGUACCUUUAAUUACAAACUAUUUUUGCCAGCAAACAUUUUUCAGCCUGCAGCUCACUUGGUGGUCUCUUAAUGCAAGGGUUGCAUAUCUGCACCUCACAAACUGUACUAGGAAAUAACCACCCUUACAUCUGUCAUGGAUUAGAUUUAUUGGAGGAAUUGUUUCAUUAGCUGAGUUUAUAUAAAUGAUUUUUAAGGCUAGUUGAGAGCAUUCUACAGAGUAUUCGGGGUCUUGAGUGAAGUGUGUGUGUGAGAAAAGAAUGAAUGAGUGUGUGUGACUUUGUGUAUGGGUACAGUUUUCUCUGUUUUGAUGUGUAAGCACAGCUAAGCAGAGCCUCUUGUCAUUUUCUGAGGCACUGCACUCCAAAUGACCAAAUCUUUAUUUUGUUACUCUCAGAAGGAUGAUUCCAUAGCUAUUAGUUUAAUAUUUUAUUCGUUAACUUUUCAGGUUAUGUUCAUAUGAGAGAGCUACUAAUAACAUAAUUUAGUUGACGGGAAUCAUGUUUUUGUUUCUUACAGCUCGUUUCAUUUGAUUGUACUCUAUAUUUUCUGUACUUCAUUCGACAUUAAAUUAAAUUAUAACAUUAAA